AUGAUUUGCACAGCUUGGAAUGUUAGAGGGAUUAAUGAUCCCUUUAAGAUAAAAGAGGUUAAAACCUUUUUAUCUUCUCAUAAAGUUGCUGUGUGUGCAUUGCUUGAAACUAGAGUUAGGUGUCAUAAUGUGGGGAAAGUUCAGAAAAGUUUUGGAAAAGAUUGGUCAUGGUUUUGCAAUUACAGUCACUCUCCUAGGGGGAGGAUUUGGAUUGGGUGGCAACAUGCUACUGUUACAUUACAGCUAAUUGAUGUGAAGGAGCAAUUUAUAGUCUGCAAUGUGCUUAGUGGGAGGCACAAUAUUAAACUUGUGGUGGUUUAUGGUUUGCACUCUAUAAUUGAUAGAAGGAGUUUAUGGAGUGGGGUGCAAGGGCAUGUAACAGGUCAAUCACCAAUGAUGGUAAUAGGGGACUUCAAUGAUGUGUGUCACUCUAAUGAUAGGAAAAAUGGAGCUCUAAUUACAGAGGCAGAGACUAUUGAUUUUGAAGAAUUCCUGUUGAAUACAAGCCUUCUGGAAGCUAGAAGUACUGGAUUGUAUUAUUCUUGGUCAAAUAGCAGCCUGGGGGAAGAUAGGAUAGUUAGCAGAAUAGAUAAAGCAUUUGUUAAUCAAGUGUGGAUGGGAGAGUAUGCUGAGGUUGUAGUGCAAUACCUUGCUCCUGGGGGUUCUGAUCACUCUCCUCUGAUGUUUGACAUGGAUGUAGAAAGUAGAGAAGGAGGAAGACCCUUCAAGUUUCUAAAUGUUAUGGCUGAGCAUGAAGAUUUUAAAAAAGUAGUACAAGAGGCCUGGUUAUCAGUAGGGGGUAAUUAUAAGCUUCAGAUGGUGUGGGGAAAAAUAAAAGCUGUGAAGAAAGAAUUGAAGAAGCUUCAUACCCACCAUUAUGGUAAAGCUCAUGAAGGGGUGAAGAGGUUAAGAGAUCAAAUUAAUGACAUUCACUGCCUUCCUAAUUUUGACAUGGAUAGGGAGGCUCAGAUAACAGAGAAAGAAUAUCUUGCUGAAUUGAGACAUUGGUCAAAAAUUGAAGAUGCAAUCCUAAGACAGAAAUCUAGGAUUAACUGGCUCAAGCAGGGGGAUGUUAGCACCAAAUUCUUUUUCACUGCAACCAAAGCCAGACAUGCCAAAAACAGAAUUCAACUGUUAAUAGAUGACUCUGGUAAUACCAUCACAGAUACACAGGAGAUUAGAGAAGAAAUUUUAAAGUUUUAUAAGGUGCUUCUGGGUACCAAAGCUACUACUCUUCCUGGCAUUGAUCUAAAUGUGGUGAGAAAGGGGAAGGUGCUUUCAGCUUAG